AUGGUGUCGCAACCAUCUGCCACCCUAGGCUCCCGCUCCGUCUCUAGACGACUAAACCGAAAGACAAUCCAAGAUGUGGACGUUCCAAACGCCUGUAGGGUCAUCAUCAAUCCGGAGGCACCAAUGGCCCUACGACUCCAAGGAAGUCUACUAUACGGCGUCUCCCGAGUCUACAGCCAGCAGUGCGGAUAUACCCUGCUGGACACGCAAGCCAUGCACGACAAGAUGGUCACUCAUUUGAGAAUUAUUCCGGGGACUGGUAUCGAUCCUACUGCCGGAAAAGCCAAACCGAGUACCUUAAUCCUGCCAUACGACCCGUCAUUCCUUCCUGAGACUGGCCUCCCGGGCUUGGAGCUAAAUAUGUCACAUUUCGCUUCUGCUGAUGACAGUUCCCAGUUCAGUAGUCUGUUCAGCAGAUCGCCGGCCCAUAGCUUGACGGCCAUAUCGCAGCUUUCGAGCCUGCAGCUUGAUAUUCCUUCGGAUGGUGGUAUUGGCGAAGGUAGUAUCAUGGGGUUCGAGGAUCACCCGGUAAGGAAGGAUGUCGCCGUUGAGAUUGCAGCGCUUGGACCUGAAGAGGGUGGCCUUCUCCAGCCGGACUUUGAAUUUGACGAAGAUGGGAAUCUCAUUGAGCUUGGAGGAAGAGCGAUUUCUCCUCAGAAGAAUACGAAGGCUCAAGCGCAGAGAGAGGACCUGUUCAAGCACCAUACUCGACAAGACCAGCUUUGGGACGAUCAAAUGCCUGUUGAUGAGCCGAUCAAUAUUCUUGAAGCUGACCAGAUGGAGAUCGAUAAUCACAUCGCACAACCUGAUGUCGACGAUGUACCUUGCCCAGUCGAGGAAGUCAACAUUCAGCCAGCACGAAUGCGUCGCAUCCGACACCCAAAGGUCAUCAUCACCGAUGAAGCUACAUCCCUGCGCAACAUGGAAUUAGGCAAGUGGAACACUGAAUACGCGGCAAAUAUGGUCGAGGCACGAAAUCAAAGGGACCAGAACAAAAUCCCAGCCAUGUCGAAGAAGAACGCCGCAUUCUGGGUCUUCGGACAAGGAAUCGGCUCUGUCGGAGUCGGUCUAGGUGUGCACAGUGAGCCACACCCAUUGAAAGCAUUCUCAGGGAAGGAGCUACUCGACGCCGUCUGCAGCACCGAAAGACACAAGCGAAAGCGUCUCAAUGAAAGCGAGAACCCGGAUGAACGCCACGUCCGCACCAGAGAGGACGAGCUAAGCCGCGAAAACAUCGACCGACUCAACAUGGACGUCGAAAUCGGUCGUGACGCACCCUCAAGCCUUCUAGACGACCGCUCCUCCCAAAUGCCAUGGAAUAUCACCGCCUCCAUCCAAAGCUCCCUCCGAGCCCGCCGUUACGGAAGCGUCAGCGAAAUGUCCUCUCGCAAAGGCCGCCGCAGCCGUCUUCCAAGUGCCAGUCCACUAGCUGGCCGCAACUACCGAGACAUCCAGGACUUUAACUUGGACUUCGGCGACGACCUCGAUCUCACCCGAUAUCUGGAAGGGGAGCUCGCGACAGACCGGGGAAACAUCAGUUCCAUCUCUCCCGGUGUACGCUCCGCACUGGAGAAUGCCAAGGCGACGCUCGAUAAGGAGAGUUUGAAUUUCUUUGAAUUUAUGAAAUCCAAGAUGGGUAUGGAGAAUGGAGAUGCUCUGCGGAGUAACCUGGCAAGUCCGGUUGUUGCUCGACUGGAGACUAUCACGUUUGCGAGUCUGAUGCCGCCGGUUGUUACGACGCGUGCUGUGGCGACGCAGGCGUUGGUCAAUUUGCUUACGUUGGCUACUAAGGGAGUGAUUCGGGUUCACCAGGAUCGGGAUGGUGGUGAUGAAUGGGGAUCUGGAGAUAUGUUCGGGGAGAUUCACCUGAAAUUUACGGGGAUCUGA